CUAAAGCUUUCUAUUAAUUUUAUUUUAGUUGCAACAUAAUGUGUAAGAUAUUUUUGUUUGUAUUGAUGGUUGUAUCAUGUGUGUAUGGAUGUGAUGAGACCUUUACCUCUUUUACUGGUACUAUUAAAUCACCAAACUACCCAAGUUAUUACCCAAAAGGGAAAAGCUGUACCUAUGAAAUAAAAGUUAGGAAUAGAUGGGUAAAGCUUUCAUGGAGUACUUUCAAUAUAAAUGGAAAAAUGCCAGAUUGUAAUAAUGGAUAUGUGCAGGUGUCAAUAGGGUGUUCAAGUAGUAAAAAAUUACUUUCCAAGUUUUGCAGCAACAACAUGAAUGCUUUACCACAUGAUAUCUAUGCCAAAGAUGGCUGUAUACAACUUAAGUUUUACUCUUCAAGCAGUGCCUCCACUAAACAAGGAUUUUUUGCGACCUACAGAUCAUAUAGCUCAAACACUCCUGCAUCUGGAUUAAGUUGCGAAAGAAAUUCAUACUUUAUGCGAAAAAGCUCUGGUAUCAUUAUUAGUCCAAACUGGCCAUUACCAUAUGAAAGUAGAAUGUUUCCGGGAGGAAGUUGUGAAUGGGACAUUGAAACAGGUGACAGUAAAAAGGUCAUCAAACUAAAUUUUAUGGCGAUGGAUGUGGGACGCUCAGCUAGUUGCCGAUAUUCUUCUGAAUAUGUAAAAGUCGAAGGCAAGAAAUCUUCACUGACAAGCAGUAUGAAAGAAUAUUAUUAUUGCCAAUCCAGUCCAUUUUCUUUAACAACGAAGUAUUAUGAAGUUGAUGUGAAAAUGAAAGCUUUUGCUGUGUCUUGGUAUUCAAAACGAACUGGCUUUGUUGUUGGUUUUGUUGCAUAUACAGAUGAUGAUGCAGUAAAAGCCACAAAUAUUGGUAUGAUAGCUGGUGCUGUCAUUGCUGUUUUGUUUGUUUUACUUGUGGCAUUUUGCUGUUAUCGUAGAUUUAAAAGAAGACAAAGUAUGAGUCAAGCACGUGUACCACUUAAUGCUGGAACCACAACAACUGUAACACACUCUGCUGCUGAGCCUCCGCCUGGUGGCUACCCAAAGCAGCCAUAUAACUACCAACCACCACCCCAAGGAUAUGGUGGAGUUCCACCUACACAAAAUUACCCAAUGCAGCCUCAGCCAUAUCCAGCAUCGCAGCAAUACCCGCCACCGAUGUCACAAGGCUAUCAAGCUUCACCAGCGCCGGAUGUAGCUCCACCUCCGUAUCCUGGCCCACCAACUGGUUAUCAAGCACCAUAUCCACCUCCAGCUCAGCCGUACCCACCACCAGCUCAGCCGUACCCAAAUUCUUCUGCACCCUAUCCAACCAACAAUCCUGAAAAGGCUUCAGCUCCCCCUAUGUAAUAUGAAAUCAAUAUUAAAAAAAUACUUUAAGAAUAACUUGUUGUUCCCACGAGUAAUUAUUCAGGCCAUGUUGGGUAAUGUAUUACGAACUUAUUCAUUUAUUUAAUUUAUUAUUUGGUUAGGUGCAAAUUUUUAGAAGGUGUUAAUUGUUGCUGACGUCAGCAUGUAUCUUUUUCCAUUCGUGUUGUGUUUUGUCAUCCUGGAGUGGAUUAUUCUGUCAUGCUGAUGUGUUAGAAAGUGAAACUAGCAUGUUUUAUCCUAUUUGGUAUGAGGGGGGGGGGCAUAUAGUGCCCGCGUCAUUUUCAAAAUCUAAUAACUUUUUAAAUACUGGAUGAAAUUACCUAAAAUUUUGUGACUUUUCCUAACUUUUGUUGGACUUCCGAAAAUAAAAAAAAAUAUUUCCAAAAAUUGUCCUGUCAUUGUUACUUUGUCCUUCUUGACAGGUGGUCAUAUUACCUUUUUUAUUGUAGUGCUAAAAAUAAAUGCUUUCUAAACUAACCAGUUGUAUAAAUAUGGGAUUAUGUAUGUGAUAGUGACAAAAAGUCAUCAUACAAUAUUGACAUGCAUAUUGUGUAAUUUGCAGACCGGAAUAUUGGUAAUUUACAGACCAGAAUGUUUUUAAUUCCCAAUUUCUCUAUUUCUAUUGUCAUAUGAUAACGUCAUAGAUCAUUUUCUCCCAUGUCAAUCCAAAUUGUCUUUAUUGAGUAGCUACUGACGUAAGUGCUAAUAGAUAUACCAAGUUUUAUUCCAUGACAGCUACUAACACUAAGGUUGUCAAAUAUAGAUUUUUCAAAUAAAAUUCUUGAAGAUUUGAAUUCUGAUCGGUUUCCAUUUUCUCCUUAGAGAAAAAUCCUUUGUCUUUAUACCACCUGUUAAUGUUCCUAAUAAUAUCUUACAUUCUUAUAUUACUUUUUAAUGACUAGUACUGUAAAUAGUUUUGAAAAAGAUAAAAAAACGAGAAUUUCCAAGAAAGACAUAUUUUCUUCAACUAUUGUCUCAUUAUGACGUGUCAACCCAAAUAUUUUGUCACUAAUUAAAUCACAACAUAUUAAUGCUUCUUUGUGCCAAGUUUCGUCACUUAAAACCGAACUGAACAAAAGUUACAGCCCGUGGGCACUUUAUUCCCCCCAUACUUACAAGGGUCAAAAAAGUGUAGAGCACCUGAUCUAACUGAGUAUUAGCUAUUUGACGCUUUCAGCCCUUUAAUGGCUAGAAAGGUUGUAGUUUAGUUUAUAAUUUUAUGUAAUUCUUAAUAUUUAGUUCUGUUAUUAUAAAUUAUAUGUGUUUUUGCGUUGUAUCUUUAUAUGAGAAGGACAUGGUUUCCCACAUUGA